UUUCAAAUUGGCACUAUAUAAACAUUCGAUGAUAGAGCACUGAACUCACAAGUUUUAAGCAAGUCAACCAUCACAUUCUUUGACUUUCUAAGUUCAUAUUGUUAAUUUUGUUACUCUAAAAAUGGUGAAGUUGGCUUUUGGUGAUUUUGGGGAUUCAUUUAGCGCUGGCUCACUCAAGGCUUACUUGGCUGAGUUCAUCGCUACACUUCUUUUUGUGUUUGCUGGUGUCGGGUCAGCAAUUGCUUUCGGUAAAUUGACAUCAGAUGCACCAUUAGACCCUGCUGGUCUGGUAGCUGUUGCAGUUGCUCAUGCUUUUGCACUAUUUGUUGGAGUCUCCAUGGCAGCCAACAUCUCAGGAGGUCAUUUGAAUCCCGCUGUCACCUUUGGGUUGGCUAUUGGCGGAAAUAUCACCAUCUUGACCGGCCUAUUCUAUUGGAUCGCUCAAUUGCUUGGUGCUACUGUUGCUUCAUUACUUCUCGGGUUUGUCACUGGUGGUUUGGCCGUUCCAACACACGGAGUUGCUGAUGGCAUGAAUGCUAUUCAAGGAGUAGUGUUUGAAAUUAUCAUCACCUUUGCCUUGGUCUACACAGUUUACGCAACUGCAGCUGACCCCAAAAAGGGCUCACUUGGAACCAUUGCACCAAUUGCAAUUGGUUUUAUUGUUGGAGCUAACAUCUUGGCUGCUGGCCCAUUCAGCGGUGGUUCCAUGAACCCUGCCCGAUCCUUCGGACCUGCAGUGGCUAGUGGAGAUUUCUCCCAAAACUGGAUUUACUGGGUUGGACCACUUAUUGGCGGUGGUCUAGCCGGACUUAUUUAUGGUGAUGUAUUCAUCGGAUCAUACGCUCCACUUCCCGCCUCUGAAGAUUAUGCUUAAGAUGUUUGAAUAGCUUCGAUCGUCAUAUUUCAUGUUUCUUUCAAGAGUGAUUUGUAUUAUCCUUUUUGUUUGAGGAUAAUUUUGAGAAUUGUGGAAGGUAAAGGGUCAUUUUAGAUGAGAUACCUCAUUCAUAUUUGACAACCCCAUAAUCUCAAGUUUGUGUUAUGUUUCCUUUGGUAAAUUCUAAGCUUGUAAUCUUAGAGAUGUGAAUAAAAGUGUUUAUAUCUCCUUUUGAACC